AUGGCCAUUGUUGCGACUUAUGGUCAGGUGGUGGUUCCGUUCGUUGUGGAUCAAACGGUACCAUUCAAGUUACACAUAUACCAACUCGAUGAAAACUCAUCAUCAGACGAUGAUAGGACGGAUGAUGAAGGAUUCGACGAUGAUGAUGGGACCAUUAUCGCUGAGAAUAAUAAUGAAUUGGAGGAAGGAGAGAUUGGAACGAUGGACGUCGAUAGGGUCAUGGAAUCAAAUCGGGGAAACUUGUCUAACACCGCCAACAACACUACAUCACCGGUGGCGGCUCUAUUUCCGAAAAACAUUUCAGUUGACAAGAAUGAUCGGAGAAUCAAAAGAGACAGACAUAAGGAGCAUCAAAGUUCGGAUGGAGAAACUAAUGUUUGA